CAACGGAACAUUUAUUGCAUUUAUAAUGAAAUAACUUUUUGACAGUGCUAACAAUGCAAUAAAAAUGUUAUUGCUUUUGAAAUAGAUUAUCACUACGCUUGGAAAGAAAGUGCUUUUCUCCCGCCUGCAGGUACGAGAUGGUGGUGACGCCGUCGUGGGGCUACAACGUCCAGGGCAAUGGCGUGUUCGACGGCAUGAUUGGUCUGCUGCAGCGCGGGGAGGCCGACCUGGGAAUCACGCCCGCCGUCAUCAGCUUGCCGCGCCUCGACGCCGUGGACUACACCGUGCAGACCUGGAAGCUCCGGGGCACCCUGCGACCGCCAUGUGUUGCAGGCAGCGUGCUGUGUAGCGACCUGGUGUCUGGUCGGUGCCUCCUCCUCGUGGGCAUGCUGCUGGGCGUCAUGGUGCAGAGCUUCUACACCUCGGCCAUCGUCACCAUCCUCCUCACGCCGAUCCCCCGGACGAUACACACGGUGCAAGACCUGAUACGCAGCCCCCUCAAAGUGGGCCUGGAGGACUUCGUGUACACCAGGACCGUGUUCCCGAACUCUAGCGACCCGCUGCUGUCCGCCAUGUACAACGGCAAGGUGGUCCCCGCCUGGAGGAAGCGACCAAAUGGCGGCUUCUUCUCCGUGGCGGAGGGCGUCAAGCGCAUCCAGAGGGGCGGUUUCGCGUUCUGCUCGGAGGCCUCCACUCUUUACCCGGUCAUCGACAGCACUUUCAGCGAUGACGAAAAAUGCAGCAUUUCCGAAGUGGAGUUGGUGCUGGGCAACGGCAACGCAGCACCCAUCCCCAAGGGGUCGCCCUUCAAAGAGCUCUUCAAACAGGGCUACUUCCUGAUGCUGGAGCGGGGCCUGCGCGAUCGCAACAGCCGGCGAUGGUCCGCGCCGAGACCGUCCUGCGAGAGCGGGGCGAGCGCCCUGACGGCCGUGGGGCUGGACCCCAUCUUCCCCGCGCACGCCAUCCUCCUCCUCGGCCUCGUCUCUGCACUGCUGUUGCUGCUGCACGAACGCCGCACCGCGGCGGUCCUGAAGGAGACCCCGACGGAAACACAACUACCUCUGACACCUCUCAGCCACGUCCCAGCCGAACGGAAAACGGAAAAGUUCCUUCCAACAUCCCCCUUUCACGAAUCCGAAUUAGGAGCGUAA